AUGUGCCAAAAUCUUCCAAGAGUACCACUAGUCAACGCACAUAACUUUGUGAGGAUGGUUGAAAAGGAAAGGGGCUGGCGCCUAAGUGGCAGCUUUGCAUCAGUGCAGGUACUGGUUAUGUUGAGGGGUUUGUUUAAACUUUUUGUGAAGGUCUCAACUUUUUGCCGUUUCUACGAGCGUAUGAUGCUGGGAAAGAGCAUCCAGGAGGACCAGCUGGAGAUCUUCCGGCAGAUCGAGGACAACAUCAGCAGCUUGGGCGUGGACGGGCGUGCGUGCGUCCUCAGGUUCAUUUGCGAGAUGCAGACUAAUAAGUUCUCUAGGGCAUCCCUCUUCGGCGAGCUCUUCACUCUGCUCUUCACACCCAAACCUGGGGCGCCCUACACGGUGCUGAAGGGGGAAAUAUCGCCGCCGGGGAAAAAGGGUUCGCCCGGAGGGAAAGGGACUGGGCUCCUGUCCCCAAAAACCCGGGAUUGCCCUCUGUCCGUGUUUGCUGCCCUCCGGAGACUCAGGGGCGACGUCGUGGCUGAGAUGCCCACGAACACCACGAUUUCCUCUCCCACGGGCGUGUCCUACCUGAAGGAUAGCGUGCCCUGGGCAUGGGACACGCGGGGGCAAAAGGGAAAUUAA